UGACAACCCGGAAAAAGGGAAAUGAGGAAGGUGUUUUGAGCCGGAAUGAGACGACAAUGGGCGAAGAGGAAAUAAGAUAAGAUAAGCGAAACUACUGUUUGUAUGCUUCCAUCUUGUUUUGUUCUUAUUUCACACAUGCCUGACCUUUUGCUCAGUAGAUUACAGAGCGAGUGAAAGCCCCAAAUACCAUACAAAACUAACGUCAAAUAUUAACAAGGUAACUGGAUGGUGUGCACAAUCACAUCACAAUACAGGUACGGUGCUGCACUAUAAAAUGGCUGCUGUUAUUCUUAUGGGAUAUUGGGGGGAGUAAUCAUUCGCAGCCGGUGUGUUACGAGAACUCGUCCAAUUCACUUAAUUAAAUGCUCUUUCACAAGAUGGAAGUAGGUUCUGUACAUCCAUAAUUUGUGUAUCGAUUUGUUGAUAUUCAUACAACAGAUUACACCAAGAGUAAGUAAAUGUGUGAUGAAUUGAAAUAAGAUCAUUAUCAUUGACGCCCCUGCUGAGCAGAGAGAUGACAUUACAUGGCUGUUUCCUGUAUUCUGUGUGUGUGUUCAAGUUGCAGUUGGUUGAGGGUAAAUUAUUAUCAUAACCUCGAUGUCACUCUCCUUCCCUGUAGAGUGCACUUGGUUCUUGCAGGUUGGGGAAACAUUUGUGCAUACAGGAUCUGUGUGUGUGUAAAUCAUGCAACCCAAUCUGCGCGCCCGUGUGUAAAUCAUGCAACCCAAUCUGCUGCUCUUGGCCCUGCGGUAAAAUACCUUCUGUGAACUGGGUGUGGACUUGAACGCGCCAUCCUGUCACUUUGUAACAGGUUCCAACAAUGUCCGCAUGUAAAAAAAAAAAAAAAAAAAAUUAAAAAAAAGCAAAACAAAGAACCAGGGAUCAAGCGUAGUCAAGUGAGGACUUGUUGGGUGCAUGCCACAAGAUGGUAGUAUUCCACCAAGCAGUCCACACAAGUGCCAGUUCCAGUCGGUUGCUUUUGAGCUGAGGUCAGAGAGCGCUAUUGUGGUCAAGGUUGUAUACUUUGAUUGUGUUGACUAGUAAUUUUGUCGCAAAGGUAUGUUUUGGUGAUAAAAUCCAGUCUUUGUUGUGGUUGAUGUUACUGCUCGUGAUGCAUUGUAUUUGAAAACUAAUAUCGCAAUGCAUAGAAUAUUUUUGCUUUUUGGGUGGGGGUGCCGCUUCCUCAUCUGAUCACUGACUCAUUGCCUGAUCUCGCCCCCCCCCCCCCCCCCUUCUUCCCCUGGCUACAGCCUGAUGUAAGUCUCUCCAGCGCUGCAUUGAUCCUCAUUUGCCAACCCCCAUCUGCCCUUAAACUUCCUGCCUUGCCAGUCUCCCAGGACUCCACUCACUCUCCGUGGCCGUUUGGUGAUCUGUUACAACCAAUGACAACAAAGUAAGCCUGAAUGUUUUAUGGCCUCGAUGUUACACCUCAGUGACGCCGUGCUGUGUCCUCCCAUGCUGUUCUGUCCAUUUACACGUGUGGGAGGACUUUUAUCGACCACAAUCGUCCCCUGGGAGUGCGAGCAGCUCUCCUAAACCUUUUUUUAAUGUCUGCUGGAGGGGAUGGAGGAGGCGGCCACGUUGUCCUGAUGGUGGGAUUAAACGGAUAAAGUAAAAGGACAUCAUGCUGCAGAUGACAUCGCACGGUCAGACCUCUCCACCACCACCAAAGUUUAUAGCACUCUCCUCGCAGACGGGCAGUGAGGGCCGCCCUCUCUUCUGUCCAAAACAGCCAUCAGCUGAUGAAGCCUGUGGAUUUUCCACGGGCUUGCAUCGUCAAUUGUUCCUCCUGGCGCACCUUCUCUGUCCUCCGCUGCACCUGAUUGGAUCUGAAGCUCCCCGAAAGAAACUAUGACGACAACAGAGUACAUUGGAGAGCAGACAUCCACCAAGGCUGCGGUGUUGCACCAGCUGAUCCUGUCAUCAAAUACUCUGCAACAAGAAAUCAUGCAAGAGGAGCGCUGAAGUUGCACUAGGAGAAAAGCAGGGGAAAGAAAAGGAGGAUUUUCUUCGGGUUUGGACGUGGAGAACCCAGGAAGGGUUCAGGGGAAGAAGAGCUUUGGGCUGCGGGGCUGCAUGAGGAUCUUCACCCGGCGGUCAGCUCGGUCUCCUCGACGCAGAGAUGCCAGUGCGCGCCGUGACCACCAGGUUCAUGUACAAGGGGCUGUGCACCAUCCCGGAUGUCCUCACCUACCGGACCCCCGUCAGUCUCCCCGAGGAUGAGCUGGAGGAAAUCCGAGAGGCGUUCAAAGUGUUUGACCGAGACGGCAACGGCUUCAUCUCCAAACAGGAACUGGGCAUGGCCAUGCGUUCCCUGGGCUACAUGCCUAAUGAGGUGGAGCUGGAGGUCAUCAUCCAGAGACUGGACAUGGAUGGAGACGGUCAGGUGGACUUUGACGAGUUUGUCACGUUGCUCGGUCCCAAGCUGUCUGCGGCCGGAAUGCCGGAUAAGUUCCACGGAGCAGACUUCGAUUCUGUCUUCUGGAAGUGCGACAUGCAGAAGCUGACGGUGGACGAGCUCAAGCGUCUUCUAUACGACACCUUCCGGGACCACCUCACCAUGAAGGACAUCGAGAACAUCAUCAUGACCGAGGAAAACCACCUCAACAGCCCCGAGUCACACGUGGACAUCGACACGAGCCCCACGCAACAGGAGAAGCACACGUGUGUGCGCAAGAGCCUGAUCUGUGCCUUCGCCAUUGCGUUCAUCAUCAGUGUCAUGCUCAUCGCCGCCAAUCAAAUGCUGCGCAGAGGAAUGAAGUAGCCCACCCGUGAACCAAAUCUUCUUUCUUCACAUUUUCACCAGCUUGUGCAAUAGAACGAAUGAUGUCGCCGACGCUGGCUUCCACCGGACGCGAUGAAAUAUUGUGUUGAUAAUCAAUAGCACUUUACAAUAAGGGCACCGCUUCAGAGGGUUUAAUUCCUGCUCGCUAAAUUGCUGACAAAGCUGUUGUCUGCACUUUCUAAUGACAUCACAAGCCGAUAUAAAACGGCGGGAGUUACAUCAGGCUGCUAAAUAGUGAGACUCAUUUCGCUCUCCUGCUUUGUCGCUUUGUAAAUACUGUUCACCAAUUAGCUAACCCCAAUGUUCAAAUAACUUUGAUUGAGCCUAUGACUCAAACCUGCCGUAGAUCAAUUCAAACUUUUCAUUCAUCAUGAAUGAAGCGUGGAAACCCCAUUUAAAUUCAAUGCAAAAAAAACCAUUUAAACUUAUUUAUUGGUGAUAUUUAUUACUGUUUAUUUAUUACAUUGACAUUUUUAACCACUGUUAACCCGGUUAACGCGAUUUAUGAACAAACUCCUUAUUUUAAAAAAGUACACUAAAACUAAUGUAUUUAAAACUAUGAAGGAUUUUAAAGAUAGAAUGAAGCAUUUCAAUGCAACCUAUGAGCAACCCCGUAAAAGGAUUUACAACACGGUCACUGAUCGAUGGAUUUUGUUCUAUCCAUUCAUCCAUCCAUUUUCUA